AUGGGAUGGGACGAAAUUUUCGUCCCGUGGGAUAAUGCAAGUCGUUCCAUCCCAUCCCAUCCCAUGGACUCUCAUGGGAUUCGCUAUAUUACGAAAAAUCUUACUGAAAAUCAAGAAUGCCCGCAUGGCUGGGAGGAAUUUAUUGGGACAUCAUCGUGCUAUCGUUUCUAUCGUUUUCCACAAGAAACUUAUAGUGGUGCUGUUUCGCAUUGUCCAACAGAUCUGUUAAGUGUUGAAUCAUUUGAUGAACAUUUAUUUAUACAAAAUUGGUUGACUGAAAAUGAUCCAUCUGCACAACGUUGGAUUACAAGUGGUAAACGCAAUGGAUUGAUUUGGCAAUGGACUAAGAGAUCUGGCUUAUUUAAUUUUCAAUACGACCAAGGAUGGUUACCACUUACUGAAGAAGAAAAACAAAAAGGAUCCUUUAUUGUUUAUGCUUAUCAAAGUAGUCAAUGGGGUUGGUUACCUUACGAUAUUGCAUCAACAGAAACCUUACCGUUCAUUUGCGAAGUACCACUACAAGAAAGCUAUGGUAUUUUUGAUGAUUACCGAGGAAUUGAAUAUGGUCUUCCAUCAACCAUUGAAGAGUAUUUUAUUCCUCGUGGACCAAAGUUUUAUGAACAACCACAAGAUCAAGAAUAUGGACAUAUUGAUCAAAUAACACUUGGUAGUGAAAGUACAUUUGGUAUUGCUAGAGCAUCUUUACAUAUUAUUGUGACAUUUACAUGUCAAGCUGAUGCCUAUCCAGUCGCUGAUUAUUAUUGGUUUCGAAUGAUAACUAAUUCUGUAUCAGAAGCCGUAGUAGUAAAUCUAACUGAUCCGCGUUUUUUUCAACAUGGUGGAAACUUAAUGAUCAAUAAUCCCACUAAUGAAGAUAGUGGAACAUAUUUUUGUAAAGCAAUAAACUACUAUGGUGCUGCAAUUAGUAAUCGAGUUCAUUUGCGUGAAAUUAUACUCGAUCGAUUUGAAAAACGUGAACGACCAAAUGUAAUUGCUCAUGGCCAUCGUGAUGCAAUAAUGGAUUGUUUAUAUAGAAAUACAAAUACAGGCGAUCUUAAUUAUGCUUGGUUUAAAGGUGGAAUCAAUCAAAAAGUACAACAAACACUUGAACGUUUUAUUUCUCGAAAUGGAAAUUUAUAUUUUUCUCGUGUAACUGACGGUGAUGCAGGAAGAUAUUAUUGUGCUGUUCAAGCUAAGAAUUCACGUUUACGUUAUUUACCAUCUCAAACGAGUGAAGGUACAGAAUUAGUUGUACGUUCAACAUUUGGACAAGAACGUGGUCCACGUAUAUUUCCAAGUUUUCCACAUAUUUUUCCGAUGACACGUUUACCUAAAUUGGGUGAAAACAUCUCAAUUGAAUGUGUAUCAGAAGGAUAUCCUAUACCGAGUUACCGUUGGUUUCGACAAGACGCUCGUGGUAAUUUCUUUUCAUUACAAUCGAAAGUUAUCUUAAAUAAUUAUAAUCGUGAAUUAAUCAUACCUAAUUUGCAACGUGACGAUAUGGGUGUAUAUAUUUGUGAAGCCUCAAAUACACGCUCAGUUGUUCAUGAAUCUGUUGCAUUACAAAUACAAAUUGAUCCAGUUUUCGUUACACCACUGGAAGAUCAAAUACUUGAUGUUGGAUCUACUUUGCAGUUACAUUGUGAAGCAUACACGAAUGAACUCGAUCAAUUACGUUAUUCAUGGUUUAUAAAUGCAACAGAAAUAGUUUUCAAUCGGUUAACAUUAGAACAACAACUACGUUUGACAAUAAUAAAUAAUGAAUUGAUGAUAAAGAAUGUACAAGUCUAUGACAAUGGCAUAUAUCAAUGUGCAGCAACAAAUGUUCAAAGUGAUAUACAACGUUUCAGUACAGCUGAAGUACGUAUUAUUACGUUAGCACCAACAUUUAGUAGAAAUACAAUGGCAUCAACAUUAAGAUCAGUUAUUGGUAGUUUAGUUCCAAUUAGUUGUCAUCCAGAAGGCGCACCUCAACCACAAAUACAAUGGUUUAAAAAUAAUAUUCCGUUAAUUAUGGCAAAUAAUAUACAAAUAUUUCCCAAUGGAAAUUUAGCUAUACUCAAUGUACAAUUAUUUGACUCUGGUAAUUAUACAUGUAUAGCAACAAAUCCAUAUGGUAUUGCACAACAAAGUACAUUUGUCUACGUUAUGUUUGAAGGUACAACAAUGUUGUCAACAUCUGGUAGUCGUGAUGCCAUCGCAGACCAAACAAUUGUUCUUUCAUGUGAUGCUCGUUCAAUAAAUCAAAUGGAUUUAACAUUUCAUUGGCGGUUCAAUAAUGAAAUUUUAACUAUUGAUAAUCGACGUUUUCAACAGAAUAAUUUUGAUCGUCCAGGCGAUCUACGCAUCGUCGAAGUUCAAUAUAGUAAUGCUGGACUAUAUACGUGUGUAGCACAAACAACCAUUGAUAAACAAACCUCAUUCUAUCAAUUGAACGUAUUCGGACCGCCAGGUCCAGUGGCUGGUGUACGCUGUAGUAACCCAUUUCAACGUCAAACAACAUUAUCAUGGGUUGUUGGCAGUGAACAUGGCUCACCAAUACUAUAUUAUACAGUUGAGUCUCUAUCUAAUUAUCGUUCAUGGUGGAUGUUUCAUGGAAAUUUUUCAAUACCAUUACCACUCAAUAAGUUUAUUACCAUGACAUUAUCGGGUCUAUCAGCAUUUACAGAUUAUAAUUUUCGUGUAUUUGCAACAAAUGUGUAUGGAUCUGGCGAAAGAUCAGACGUAUCAGCAACUUGUACAACACAACCAGAUAUUCCUGGCUUCGCACCUACUGAUUUAGGUGGAGGUGGUGGUAAAAUGGGUGAUUUAAGAAUAAUUUGGAAUCCACUGCCAAUGGAGUUUUGGAAUGGGCCCAACUUAACUUAUCGAAUAUAUGUACAAAAAAAAGGAGAAAAUCGACGACAAAUUUUCAAUGUAAUUUAUCCACUUCGGAAUUUUUUAAUAACGCACCUUGCCGAUAAACUUUAUUACUUUCCAUAUGAUGUUCGUAUUUCUGCUGUUAAUUCUCUUGGCGAAGGGCCUAUAUCUGGUAAUGUUACGGUGCGUUCAGCUGAAGAUCGCCCAACACGUCAAGUUUUAAAUGUUAAAUGUUAUCCAUACAAUAGCACAGCACUGACUGUAACUUGGGAUAUGAUUGAUGAAAAUGAUUUUGAAAUUUUACAUGGUAGUUUACUUGGCUAUACUGUUCGUUAUUGGCGUAAAGAUGUUGAUGAGCUUCAAAAUUAUUGGGAACGACGUUUUCCAGGUCAACGGUCUCGCGCUAUUAUUAUUGGUCUUCAAUCAAAUGUUGAAUAUUGUGUUCGUGUUUCUGUUUAUACACACUUUGGUGAUAGUCCUGAAAGUGAUUAUUUUUCACAUCGAACAUUUCGUUUAUCACCGCAAACACAACCACAAUAUAUAUCUAUCCGACAACCACAGAGUGAAAAAGAUAGGCGUGUUCGUUUAUUUGAUGAUGUCUAUAUGUACAAAUUAGAAGUUGAAUGGCGUGGAAUAUCAACAUCAGCCGAUGAAGAACCUCUAGAAGGAUACAUGGUUAAAGUUUGGGAAAAUCACCAGUCAAUUCGUAAUGCAACUAUUUACUAUGCUGAUAGAUCGAUAUACAAUCUGAUAAUUGAUAAUUUAUAUACUAAUCGAAAUUAUAAAUUACGUGUACAAGCUUGGUCUCUUGGUGGCGAAGGGAAAUAUUCAUCUCCAAUAACAGAAUUUCGGUUCGAUAAUGAUGGACGACUUUUGAUACUUUAUAAUCCUGAUACAAGUCUUCUUUAUCAAAAUACUGCUUCGAACUCAUAUUUACAUUCAAUUACUCUGUUUCUUGUUUUGAAUCUACACAAUUUAUUUGUAAUCAAAUCUGGUUAUUCAGUUGAGUUUGUUAAUAUUUAG